CUGACAAUUCGCUCAUGUGCUCGCGUGUGCUGUGCGACGUCUGUCGAUGUUUUUUGUUUGAGUUUUCAUAACGAGUGUGUGUUUAUCAUCGUGCAGAGUUGAAGUCUACAGAGGAAUUCGUGAUAUUCGGUUGAUCUUUUGUGCGAAUCGCCGAGGAAUCAUUGGGAUUGUGCACUGCCCGUUGUCAGAUAACUGGCACCAGCAUUCACAAUGCCAUCAACAAACAAUUCAUCCACCAAAAUAUCUGAAGCAAUCUAUGCUGAACUAACAGCUACGUGUGAUGCUCUUGGAUACAAUAGUGGGGAUAAAUUUCUUUUGGAUCAACAUGCUGUUGAGACCAUCAAAGAUUUGAUUCGCUUCUUAAAAAAAGAUGACGAUACCCACUCAAUUCGUCGUUACCUUGGCCAGUCAAAACUAUUGCAGAAAGAUUUACUUAAAAUAUUUGUUGAACAUGCUGAUAAAGAGGAACUUUGGAAUGUUUUGUUGAGAUUACUUAUCAAUUUGACGUCACCAGCUUUACUGCUUUAUAAUGAAGAACUACCUACUGAAAAAGUCACUAGAAGUUACUACUUACAAAUUCUUGGUCAUUUACAAGAGUACAAAAGCGCAAUGGCUAAUGAUAAAGUUUGGACUGUGGUCCGUGAUAAAUUGUCAACUUUAUUAGAUAUUGAAAAUUCAGAAAGAAAUGAAGACCAGGAAAAUUUAAUAGAGCGCAUACUCAUUUUUAUUAGGAAUGUUUUAAGAGUUCCACCGAGUGACCUAGAAAGAAGAACAGAUAAUGAUACAACAGAACAUGAUGAAGUAAUAUUUGCUUUCAACACAUCAGGAAUCACUGAUCUUCUUGUGUAUAUUGCCAGCAAUAAAGCUGAACAAGAAUAUCAUAUGCAAAUCUUAGAAAUCGUAUCAUUUAUGUUUCGUGGGCAAAAUCCAUCUAAACUUGCUACAGUACAGGCACAAAAAUCUGCCACUGAAAAAUUAAUAGAAACAAAUAAACUUAAUGAGAUUAGGAAAAAGGAGCAACAAGAAAAAAUGGCUAAAAUGAAAAAAUAUGCAGGAUCUAGGCAUUCGCGCUUCGGCGGUACUUUUGUGGUGCAGAACAUGAAGGCCAUCGGGGACAAUGAAAUGAUCUGUCACAAGCCUUAUCAGAAAAUUGAAGAUCUGUGCUUCAGCGUGACUAAACAAAAAUUCAAGAAACGCAAGAACAAGACGGAACUCAUGAGCAUGGGCGAGGAUCGCGUCUCCGCCCUGAGCGUGCGACUCUUCCUCAAGGAGUUCUGCGUCGAGUUUCUCAACGCGGCUUACAACUCCAUUAUGCGUCACGCUCGAUCCUGCAUCAAUGCAGCCACCGGUGAUCGAGCGGCCAACGAAGCCAGCCACUAUCUGUGGGCGCUGAAAUUUUUCAUGAACUUCAAUCGACAUUACAAGUUUGAGGUGAAGCUCGUGAGUGAAACUAUAUCAACUGAAGUUUUCUACACGGUCCAGAGGCAAAUUGAGCAUGACUACGAGAUGAUCAGGACCGACAAGAAAAAAGCCGGAUUCUGGUCGACGAGAAUGCAUUUGGGCUUGAACGCAUAUCAAGAAUUAUUGUUCACGCUCAUCCAAAUGGACGGAAGUUCCGAGCCCUCGGUUAAAAAUUCAAGCCGUGUCAUCAUGAACAAUAUUUUUUACGUGCCCGAAUAUCGUGAUACCAUGCUCAACCAGUUGCUGAACUACAAUGAACAAAUCAUGUCCAGACAAUACUUGGUGGACUUGGUGACAACUGUUCAUUUAUUUUUAAAGAUGUUGAAAAACUAUUGCGAAAAAGAGCGGCACGUCGUUGUGGCAAAAGUGAAAAGGAAGAAGGCAAAAAGAAAGAAGAAGUCAGGUCAAAAGGCAGCAGCAGCGUCAGAAGCCGCUCCUGUGGCAGUAAGAUGGGAAGAUCAAUGGGACGAAGUGGGGCCGGAGCUGUCGGCCGUUAUGCGGGAAAACACGAUACCGGAAGUCAUGCCUUUCGACGCGACGAUUGAAACACCCGUCGAAGAGCAAAAGGGUGAUGCAAUGAAAAAAAUCCAGAAGCUGUUGCGCUGCAGAAACUUCGAGCAAGCCAUCGGCCUUCUACGCUCCGCAAGAGAUGUGUGGCCCGAGAACGAUCAUUUCGGCCGGCCCGAAUUGCCCGUGGAAGAGGAGUACAAGAUACUGCACGAAAUUUACGUGGCCGAUCUCGGUGUUCCAGAUGAGGAAUUCCAGCUGCACGUGGAGCCGAGUACACAGAACGAAGAGAAAAACAACGACGACGACGAAGACGAAGAAAAUAGCGACGAUACGGACGAGGAGGAAGAAGCGGCCGAGAGCAGAUUCGAAGAGUCGAGUUUCGAUUUCAUGGACUUUAUGCGGAGAUUCUGCAACGUGCGAGUGGUCAUGAAUCUGACCCUGCUCUUUCAAACUUUCGAUAAAAACACGCCCGAGCUGAAUCACUACGUGCUGAAGAUGUUCCAUCGAAUCGCCCACGACUGCAAGAUGCCCGGCAUGAUCUACCAGGCCUCGAUCUUUCGGGUGUUGCAGCGCGUAUUCGCCUCGGAUAAACGCGAGCACAAGGAUUUAGCGGCGUUCGGGCGCUUCGUAAUCCGCGGCUUCGCUGAAGUGGCCCAGCGCAAUCCCAAGGCCUACAUGGAGCUGCUGUUCUGGAAGGGCACCAAGCAAGCCACGGAAAUGACCGAUGGCUACGACUGCGAGCACGCCACGGGUGGCAAAAAGUCCAAGAAAAACGUCUGGACCGACGCCGAGGAGGACGAGCUGCGCACCCUCUUCAUGGAGCACGAGACUCAGAAAAUUCCACGAGACUUGAUUGAAUACAUCAUGGAGAAUUUAAUAAAUCAAGAUCGCACGAGGCGCGGAGUCAUCAAGAAAUUGAAGGAGCUGCAUCUGAUCGUUAAUUCGAAAGGCGUAAGAGCCGAGGUAGCUAAGAGAUUGCCCAAGGAAUGGUCGCAGGACGAAAUAGCCCAUUUAACUACUUUGGUGGAGCAGAUGAGAAACGAGGAUGGCUCGUUCGAGUGCGAGGAUCCGCUGCAGGAUCUGCACGACGGCCUGAUCAUCAAACGGCCCAAGAACAAGAUUAAGGAGAAGCUGCUGCAGCUCGGCCUCGUCGAUGAUCCGAAACAAUUGCGUAAAAGGCGAAUAAAAAAAAGCGACGGUCCAAAAUCAUCGUGGGAAACCCGCUCGGCGAGCGAAUCGGGCUCCGGCUCGGAUUCGUCGGAUUCUGACGCUUCUGGCACUUCUGAUAACGACGCGGAUCGACGCAAAAAGAGAAAAGAAAAAUCGAAAAGCAAGUCGAAGCGGCCCACUUAUGUUUACACCGACGCUCAGCUCUCCGGAUUACUCAAGGAUGUGAUUGCCAAGGACAUGAAGGAAGCUCUCGUCUGGCUGAAAGAAAAUUUAGAAGAAUCAUUAGAGGACAGAGACGAGGAGGACGUGGAGGGCACAGCUUUGGUGCCUAUCAGCCAGGAUGUAGCUGAAAUUUUAGAUUCUGCGUCGUUCCAGCGAUUUAUGCGCGCUGCGGGUAUCGAGGAGCCGGGCCCCGAGGAGUCUUAUUGGCGCAUUCCUGUAUCUUUACUGCCUGGGACGAUUAAAAGACGCUGCGAACUCAUCGAUGCGGCUCUCCGGGGAGAAUUUAUGGAAGAACCGGUUGUCGCUAGUAGACGCGUCGAGUCGGACGACGAGGACGACGUCUUCGAGAGAUUGAGAAAUUAUUCCAACAAGCAAAACGAGGCUGCGGCCGCGGCUGCGGCAGCCGGAGGCUCGCCAUCCACGCCACAGCAGAGCAAUCGCGACAAUCGUAGUCGAAGUCCCAGCCCCGAGCAAAGCUCGACGCAAAAGAGCCGGACGCCCGGUACGAGCCGAAAGAAAACUCCUCGCUCGACGAAGCGCUCGAAAAAGAAGACCCCCGCCGGUCCGAGAACGUUCGGCGAAAGUAGCGACAGCGACGGCGGCGAUGCACCGAGUUCCAGUCGUAAUGGCCAAGAGAAUCGUGAUUUGAAUUCCGAUAAGGAAAAUGAUGUUAAUGGCCGUCGUUCCAGUGAUGAAGAACAACAAAGUACUUCUACGCAAGCUCGUAAUACGGCGCAAAAGAGCAAAUCAAAAGUAAAAUCUGUAAAAACUUUCCUCGACUCGGACACAUCUGACGAAGAUGAAGGUGUUGAUACAGUGGCAGAAAAAAGUAGCCAAGCUCAAGGUUCCAUUAAUAAAUCAAAGUCAAUUCUCAAUUUCGACUCAGAUGAUAGUGAAAAAAUGGAAAUUCAAAAUGAAGCCAAGACGAUGAGCCAGUCGGCAAACGAGAAAAGUACUAAUUCCAGUCGCCACAGAAUAAAUUUACUCUCUGAGAGCGAAGAAGAUGAAGAAGUACCUCAGAACAUAGAUGAUGCAUCAACCGAAGCCAAACGCAUUCGGUCGGAUAAUUCCGACAGCGAGACACCGCUGCAGAAAAAGCGUCGCAUUCUAGAGAGCGACGAGGACGAAGAGGAAGAGAAAAGUUCAACGGCAAUAAGUAAGAAAACAGCCCUUGUAUUGAGCGACGACGAGGAUUAAGUGAAAUUCAUACGAUUCACCGUAUAAUCGUCCCUUUUAUUUGCUGAUCGAAAGAAGAAGUCGUUUCAAAAGAUAAUCUACGCGGAGUGGCGUUCGUUUGCGAGUGCUUACAGUAUAUAGACCCAGUUAGCGAAGUUUCCUGUUAGUGCUGCCAUCUCCUGAUCACGGGGAAAAAAUAUCAAUGGCUAACCUUUGUUUGUUAAAUAAUUAUUAUAAACUUUUUGUACCAGAAAUCUUUCUUUCAUAACAUUUUUUUACUACUAUUUGUUGUAACGAUAUGAACAUUUUUGUAAUACCUUCUUGGUAAUUUUGAUGACUACUAAACGUUUUUCGCGUGAUAUUGUUACGUUUGAUUCAUGUUACUCUUAAAUCUUUAGAUACUUAUUGAUCAAGGACGAUUUAUUAUUAACAAUUAAGAACAAUUGCAUGAGUGUGCCCACAUUUUGUUUAAAAAAACUACAAAUAUGUUCUAAUUAAUUAUGAAUCUGUUAUUGAAUAAAGCUAAACAGCA